GUGCUCUUGUCUUGGGCUGAGGAGGUUCCUUCCGAGUUUACCGGAGUGUAGGUGCGGCUGCGCGACCCCCGACGGCGGCUGCGCGACCCCCGACGGCGGCUGCGGCUGCGGCUGCGCGACGUGGGACGGCCGCGCCAUGGCGGACGAAGAGCUCGAGGCGCUGAGGAAGCAGAGGCUAGCGGAGCUGCAGGCCAAGCAUGGGGAUCCUGGUGAUGCAGCCCAACAGGAAGCAAAGCAAAGGGAAGCAGAGAUGAGAAACAGUAUCUUAGCCCAAGUCCUGGAUCAGUCAGCCCGGGCCAGAUUAAGUAACUUAGCACUUGUGAAGCCUGAGAAAACUAAAGCAGUAGAGAACUACCUUAUACAGAUGGCACGAUAUGGACAGCUGAGCGGGAAGGUAUCAGAACAAGGUUUAAUAGAAAUACUUGAGAAAGUCAGCCAACAGACAGAAAAGAAAACAACAGUUAAAUUCAACAGAAGAAAAGUAAUGGAGUCCGAUGAAGAUGACGAUUACUAAGAGGAAAUGCUUAAACUUACGGAGCAGUGUCUAGGGCAGUUACAACCUUUAAAUGUUUACUUUGUUUAUUGUCUAUAUAUGCAUUUUGAAAAAAUAAACUUGUUACUCAAACUAAA